CGAGUAUUUUCUAUGCGGAGCGUUCGCUGUUUACUCCCUUUUUGUGUUCAGACGACAUACUAGCUAUGGGAGCAGCGCUACCACUGUGGCUCAAGUUUCUAGAUGAAACAUCAAAAGUCGUGACUGUCUUGACUGCAGCAGCUCUUCUCUAUACCCGCUCUGCAGGAGUCGCUUUCUUUGUGACCGGCGCAUUGUUAUGUUCAAAACUUGCUAAGGUCAUCAAGAAAGCAAUACGACAAAAACGUCCAUCACAGUGCUCCGGCCGUAGAGUAUCUUAUGGGAUGCCAAGCUCACAUGCAUCCACGUGCACCUUCUUCGCUGUAUAUAUUACCUUUGCUUGCCUUGAGCUACCCACCCACCCGACCUUUCCUCAUUUCGUUGUGUUCGCUCCAGUGGUUGUCUUACCGUGGACAUAUAUGAUAGCUGUGUCAAGGGUUCGGCUGGGCCAUCACACAUGGCCACAGAUUGCGGCAGGAACCUUACUUGGAGUCUGCUGCGCUAUUUUUUGGUUCAAAUUAUGGGUGACCGAUGUGGGUGGCAUCAUGACAAUUUUAUCAUCAGUAAACGUCGAGUUCACUGUUGUCUCACUUAUCUCACUUUUUUGGGUAAAUUAA